AGCAAAGGGUGAGCGCUCCUCGAGCGGUCGGGAUCGUUUCUCGGUGUAUUAUCGGUGCAGAUGGAGGUGACGGUCUCGAUGGAGCCGCUGUUUCUGGCCUGGAGCAGCUGCAGGAGACGGAGGUUCCAGAGAUGCGCCGACAUUUGCUCACAGCUGCUGUCAGAAAGCCCGCUUGACCAGGCGGCGUGGAGCUUGAAGACCAGAGCUCUGACGGAGAUGGUGUACAUCGAUGAGGUGGAGGUGGAUCAGGAAGGCAUCGCUGAUAUGAUGUUGGACGAGAGCUCCAUCGCCCAGGUUGCACGUCCAGGAACGACGCUGAGGCUUCCAGGAACGAGUCAGGGAGCAGCGCCCACUCCAGCUGUCAGAUUGGGUUUGCACCGUGAAGCUGAGAAGCAGUUCAGAUCAGCGCUCACACACCAAGAGUUUGUUGAUACUUACCUCUACCUCGCAAAGGUGUAUCAGCGGCUUGAUCAGCCCAUCACUGCUCUGAAUGUGUUCAAGCAAGGCUUGGAUCACUUCCCCGCCGAGGUCACACUGCUCACGGGAAUCGCACGCAUCCAAGAGGAAAUGAAUAACAUGAUCUCAGCCACAGAAUACUAUAAAGAAGUAUUAAAGCAGGACAACACACAUGUGGAGGCCAUUGCCUGUAUUGGCAGCAAUCAUUUUUACACAGACCAGCCAGAGAUCGCCCUGCGCUUUUACAGGCGCUUGCUGCAGAUGGGGGUCUUCAACUGCCAGCUGUAUAACAAUCUGGGCCUGUGCUGUUUCUACGCCCAGCAGUAUGAUAUGACCCUGUCGUCCUUUGAGAGAGCUUUAGCCCUGGUGUCCAGUGAUGAGGAACAGGCUGAUAUCUGGUAUAAUCUGGGGCAUGUUGCAGUGGGCAUUGGUGACUUGACUCUGGCUUACCAGUGCUUUAAACUGGCCUUGGCUUUUCACAAUAACCACGGUGAAGCUUACAAUAACUUGGCCGUGUUGGAGCUACGGAAAGGCCGCAUCGAGCAGUUAUCACUGUCAAUCAUAGCAAUGGACGGAACAAAACCAUGA